ACUCUUUUGUUCCUCAUUAUAUACUGUCAUUCCACGGACCUUUCCUUACUUUUACCUCAUCAUAUUGUGCCUCAGACAUAAUCUGCUUCCCAAAGGCAGACACCUGGCCAACCUACGUUUUUCACACAAUCUUCAUAUUUCACUCACUGAUACAAUGCUAAAAGCAGCAUCCAUAAAGAGAUGUGCCCUGCCAAGAGGUCCAGCGUCUGCCGGCACUCUUUAUAGCAAACGUUUUGGAUCCUCGUUUGGUACGGCAAUUGAGACAGCAGAAAAAAUGGUCCAACCAGGUGUAUCUAAUCCAUUCGAUCCUUUUUCAAUGGUUUCGGCUGAAAUGGGGGUUCUUGCGAAACAUAUUGCUCAAUUGAUAGGUUCUGGACAUCCAGUUUUGAACAGAGUAGCAUCUUAUUAUUUCGAGGCUGAAGGUAAAAACGUCAGACCUUUGAUUGUUUUAUUGCUUUCUAAGGCUUUAGCUAAAAUCCCAGAUGAAGAAAGAACACGUAUUAUCAUUGAUCAGUACGAUGUCAAUGACCAACCAGAAUUCAAAGGAACACCAAAAGCUUUCUCAUUUGCAGGUGCAAAUCCUUUACAGUCAAUCACUCCCUUGAAGAUUUUACAUGGUAUCAACCCUAAUAUCAUAUUAAAUCCAUUGAGUAGACCAAUGAUAGAUCAAGAUGCAUACGUGACACUCGAUAAAAAAAAUGGAAUUCUACCUAAACAAAGAAGACUAGCAGAGAUCACGGAAAUGAUCCAUACUGCUUCAUUAUUACAUGAUGAUGUUAUAGACUUUGCCGAUUCAAGAAGAGGUAGAGAUAGUGGUAAUAUUGCCUUUAGCAACAAAAUGGCAAUUCUAGCGGGUGAUUUCCUACUUGGCCGAGCAUCUGUUUCUUUAGGUCGUUUGAGAAACAGCGAGGUUGUUGAGUUGAUGUCAACAGCCAUCGCAAAUCUAGUUGAAGGUGAGUUUAUGCAGUUAAAAAAUACUGUUUUGCAACCGGAUACUAAGUCAAUUGAUAAUGACGGCCAAUCGAAAAAGAUACCCGAACCAACUGGUAAGGUGCCUGUCAAAGUUCACGAAUAUUCUGUAAAUCCUUUGAAUACCAUUUCCCACCAAGACAACGUUAACGCUGCAUUUGAAUAUUACCUUCACAAAACCUAUUUGAAGACUGCUUCCUUGAUGUCCAAAAGUUCAAGAUCAACGGCUAUAUUAGCUGGCUGUAACGAAAACAUCAUUGAAAACUGUUACCAAUUUGGCAGAAACUUAGGGCUUUGCUUCCAAAUUGUUGAUGAUAUGCUAGACUAUACCACAACCGCUGAGUUGCUGGGCAAACCAGCAGGCGCCGACCUCAAGUUAGGACUAGCAACUGCUCCUGUGCUAUAUGCUUGGAAGGAGAAACCAGAAUUAGGACCUUUGAUUGCAAGAAAAUUCAGUCAACCUGGUGAUGUUGAAAUCGCCAAGACAACAGUAGAUGUAACAAAAGGUGUCGAAAAAACCAGAGAGUUGGCUGAACAAUAUAGAAACGAUGCAUUGAAGAACUUAAGACAUCUACCGGAUUCAGACGCUAGAAGUGCCUUGGAACUCCUAACUAACUCUGUUUUGACUAGAUCCAAGUAGCCUAAAUUCUUCUCCUUAUCCUGUAUAUAUUAAUUAUGCUACAAAGACUUGACACAUUCGUUUAUAAAUGUAAAGUCAAACUAUAGAAUAUGUGUUUAUUAACUUAUGAUGAUUAUGUCGGAAAAACUUGCAACAAUUUGGGUGUCGUGACUUAACAUUUUUUCAGUUUUUCUAUUUCUGGGAUCAGUAAGUAAUAAUGA